GUGUAUGAGAGAGAGAGAAAGAGAGAGAGAGAGGGAAAGAGAAUGUUACAGUUUCCGGCUUUCAUGAAACAGUAUCCGGCCUCGACGAGCAUGAUCCCUUCCUCUGUUCUACUUCCAUCUCAAUGGCCCCACCCGCAAAGCGACGAACUCCUCCUCGCCAUGGAAGAGGCCGAUCUCGAAGAAAAGUGUAAUGAGAUUCGAAAGACAAAUAGCAACAUGGUUGUGAUUGGGAAAAUGACUGUUGAUAAUGACAAAGAAGACUUUGAUAAUGAUGCUGAUGAUGAUGAUGCCGAUAAUGCAGAGGAGUCUGAAGGUGAUGAAUUCGAACAGGAAACCAGUUGAUGAUCCAGGCACUUGAAAAUGUUCUAUUAUGCAAACUAUAAAGUUGAUAAUUAUAGUCAAUGUUGCACUUAGGUGAUGCACAACCCUUUUGUUAGACAUGUAUGUUGUUUAACCUCCUCAUUCACAUAUCGGUCACAUUUCUUGUUGAAGCAGAAUAUGAGCUUUAUACAUCA